AUGCUCGCACUAUCUGUAACAGCUGGGAGACGUAAACACCGCCAGGGUUCAAGCAGGCCGGCAGCGGAGCUCCUUGCAUCCAAUUUUUUUUACGGAGAACUUUGGAUCGGUAUUCUUCUGUAUUAAGUAUUGUGCAGUUUUUGAGUGCUGAUUUUUAUUGAAGGAGUCAGAAUGGUAGAUUGUGAAGAAGACUCGCUGCCUGAUGUUGCUGAUUUGAAUAAGAUAGAAGAGGGCCUCUACUUAGGCAAUCUUACAGCAGCAGUUGACACUAAAAUACUGAUGAAGCAUUCUAUAUCGCACAUCCUCACUGUGGACUCCAAACCCCUGCCUUCCAGAAUUACCUCGCUUCAAGGAAUGGCUUUUCUCUAUAUACAAGUUAAUGACAUGGCAAAUGAGGACCUUUUGAGUCAUUUUGAAGAAGCUGUGAAGUUCAUAAGAGAAGGUCAAGAAAAAGGAAAUGUUCUUGUUCAUUGCUUCUUUGGUGUAUCAAGAAGUGCCACCCUUGUGACCUGCUUCUUGAUGAAGAAAUACAAGAUAUCAGUUGAUGAAGCUCUGCAAAGAAUAAAAUCCAGAAGACGAUGUGUGGGUCCCAACUCAGGAUUUUUGGCUCAGCUGCUGCUCUACCAGAUAAUGGGUACAAGUCUAGUAGAAAAUAAUUUGCAGUAUCGACUCUACAGGCUCCAGCAUGCUUCCACUUCAAUGGUUAAAGGUGGCAAGAAACAUCUGGAUGAAAAAUAUCAAAAUCUUGUGCUGCCUGAUCCUCGAUUUAGUCCAAAUUCUGAUCUUGUGGCAUACAAAUGUAGAAUCUGCAGGUCUCCAUUAAUAAGUCAAGAUUCAGUUCUGCCUCACUGUCAAGGUGAAACCCCAAGUUGGAAUGACAGCAAAUGGUCAGCAAAAGCAGAUAAACUUCCAAUAUGUAAUAAAGGCAUUUUUACUUUUCCAAUUUCUUGGAUGAAAGAUGCAUCAAGUACCUUACAAGGAAAACUUACCUGUCCAAAAUGUCAGGCUAAAGUUGGAACCUAUAACUGGUGUGGAGGUUGUCGUUGCCCAUGUGAAGCAAAGAUAAUUCCAGCAUUUUACUUCAUUCCAUCAAAACUAGAUAAAUGUAUAUAAUGUAUUCACAGGCUCUUCCUAAUAAAGAAGUACAGUAGGUUAUUCAUGUU